UAACAACCUAAUGGAACCAGCUAGUGGAAGUGAGACUCUGGAUCCCCAGAAGUUAGUCACCAGCCUUUCAAGAAAGCUGUAUGGUAUUAGGCCGGCGAGUCAUAUGAGAUUAUCGAGGGAUAAGGUGAGGGAUUCCUCGGCAUCACUUCCCCAAAUAUCUAAGACGAUGCUAAAAUAAUUACCUGACCAAAAGCAAGAACGUUGGGGUUAGCAAGAAGCUUAAAAUUAUUAAGCUCUAUGAACAUAGUACUAAGGGAACACUCCUAGUUCCUAUUCGAAGGAACAGAAGAAGAAAUCACAAAAUUACUGUGAUUAACCCUUCUACCAAGAUUAAUAGUACCUUUGUUACUAGUCAAGAAGUUCAUCAAAUGAGGAGGCGUGUGAAAGACCAAGAGACUAGUCCAAAGGCGAUGCUACCUAAUGUUUCAAACUUUCUAUUUCCAAAUGCUCCAAGUUCACAAGAACUGGAGGAAAUGUAUGGAAAGAAGAAUCCGAAGCAAAGAAGGAGUGCUUACUUAGACUAUAGGAGAAGCUCUGAGUUGCCAGAUCAGAUUCCAACUUAUUUCAAGCAUGAUGGAAGGAGGGUAUCAAAGAAGUUUAGAGAGAUAGGAAAGAUUUAUAAGCUCAAACAUAUAAGCAAGACAAGAGUAUAGGCUGCUCUGAUUUAUUCUGGAAUAUUUCCGGACGUUACAAAAUUAAAUAAACUUUGU